UUUGCCAAGGACCAGGAUAGAGGCCGCAAUGAGCAAGUGACACUUGACAGUUUGGUAAUGGAUGCUUGCAGUUGUUCUUUGACAAGACACUCCUUCUUAAGAUCAUGAGGUUGCCAAGUUGCCGCCCUGUGACUCCAGGAGAAGCUCUUCCUGGCUGAGCUGUUUGAAGAGGGAGAGGAGUCUUACGGACCCUACGCAUGGAUUGAACAUCAGUGGACCCAGUCGAUCGUUGCAGCAGUCAUUGUGCUGAAUGCCAUCCUCUUCGGCUUGGAAACCGACAUCCGAUCCCCUGUAUGGGUGCCAGUGGAGCAUCUCAUUCUCAUUUUCUUCACCGGAGAGCAGGCUGUCCGCUUGGCCCGCUAUGGGUGUUACUACUUUGGCAGCUUGGGCAAUUGGUUUGAUCUCUUGAUCGUCAUGAUGGGCAUCACAGACCUCUGGGUCAUGCCUCUGAUCGGUUGGUUGAUAGGGCAAACCGACACCAAGAGCUCUGUGCUCCAAGCCAUGCAGCUCUUGCGGCUGUUGAGAAUCACUCGUCUUAUUCGCAUCGUUCGAAUCAUUCCACCCCUUUACAGUCUGGCCGUUGGCAUCGGCGAGGCUCUACAGAGCAUGUUUUGGGUUCUGAUCUUCCUCUUCAUGAUGCUCUACGCUUGUGCCAUCCUGACCGCCAGGUGUUUGGGAGUUUCGCCCGAAGAUGAGAUUGCUGAAGAAGGAUCCAAAGCCGAAGAAGUGAGGUUGAUGUUUCACGGAGUCUUGCCCAGUAUGUUUGUGCUCUUUGAGUCUAUCACAUGCUGGAGUCUUAUGACGUUUGUACCACUCUUCGACGUCAGCAGUACCAGCAGGGUGGUGGCGGUGAUCUUCUACAUAUUUGCUAACUGGGGCCUUCUGGCAGUGAUGACGGGCGUGGUGAGCGAGAAGAUGAUGGCGACCAAGGAGCGCCUAACCCAGGAAACCGAUGAUGGUCCAAAGCAUGAACCUGGAAGUGCGAGCAUGGCUCACUUGGAGAUGAUGCUGGUGGAUUUCUUCAAGCGUGCCGACACGGAUGGCUCUGGCUCUGUGUCCAAAGACGAGUUCAACAACAUGCUACUGUGCACCGAUAUAAUGAAGCCAGUCAUGGAGCAGUCUGCAUUGGAUGCACAGGACUUUGGCGAGCUUUUUGACUGGCUAGAUAGUGACAAGGAUGGAUGCGUGAACAUCGACGAGUUUCUUCGAGGCUUUCGAUGGCUGGUGGCAACGAUCGAUCCCAAAGGUCUUUUGAAGCUCGAGGAGGAACUGGCUGGUGACUUUCAUCGCCUCACCAGGCGUAUGGUGGACCACGUGAACCACUGCUUUGACCAAUUGUUGGAAUCUGUGAGCGUGCCCUUGCGGAAGAUCUCUGCCAUCACGGAGCAGAUCCAACGGUUGGAUCGGCUGAUCACCGCGUUGCUCCGGUGUCCCGAAGAGUUGGAGGGGAAGAUUGAAUGUGCAAGCCUUGAUCAAGUCGAAGCGCGUUUGGCCAAGAAACUGGAGAUGUUGGAGCAAGCUGUGAAGAAGCUGGACAAGCUUCAGGCUCAGGGCGUGGUGAAGCUGGACCGCAAACUCGAAUCGGUGUCUUCCAUGCAAGAUCUCGACACCAACAGCCCGUGGAGUUGGAGAAAGAUGGCCUCUGGAAUCUCUGGAACAAUGGAUCUCCCUGUCCAGGACUUGAUCUUCUUUGAGCCAGCUUCUUCACUUGAUGACAUGGAGAACGAUGACCAGGAGGAGCUCCCAAAAGGCAUCGGCAGAGCUUCAGGUGCGGUUUGGUGGGGAGUAUGACGCUGGGUGAUCAGCGGCCAUGCUCCGGGCUUUCACCAAACACCGGACACCAGCUGCCGACUACACAGGCAGCACAGAGGCAUUCAGAGAUUGCCGAAGUGAAGUUAACACACCACAUAGCGAGUCUCCGGGCGAUUGAUGCUUGAGAGCACGCGCUGUGUUUUUCCCUUGAAGAUGCUCAGAGGGAAGCAAUUCUCUGUUGAACACCGACAGAGCAUAGAGGCCAAAGUUCAGCCUGGAUUCUCCCGGAGAA